GCUCCAGCAUCCCCGCGACCAGAGCAGGAUAAGGAUGGAUGGAUGGAUGGAUGGAUAAACAGACAUGAAAAAAGAAAGCAACAUCUGAUUUAGUCGAUCUGCGAGUGAAGUUUAACACUAAAACACAGAAAUCACACCGAGACACUGGGAGGAAGGUUUACGUAACAUUGGAAACAUAUCUACAAUGUGGUGGAGACACCGGGGUUGUUGAAAAGGGCAGAUGCGCAAAAAUAUGGCAGUCCGAUUACUGAUUCAUGUUUGGCUCCGUGCGAUCAUGAGUUUGGUUUAAUCGGCUCUACGCCCGCACGUACGGUUCGGUUCGCUCUCCGUGUCGUUUGAAGCCCCCGCCUGCGUCCUGUGCUCAGCGCUCUUUGGACGGCCUUGAAACGUGACGGUGGCGAUGCGCAGCGCGCGUUGUGGCGGCUUCUGUACUCGGAGCGUGUGGUGUAUAUUAAUACGGCGUUUCGGGCGUACCACAUGUCAUUUGGGAUUUUACGAAAAGGAAAUUGUUCACAGUGACGGUGUUAAGGUUUUUCAAACAGAAUGGCUACUUUUCAUCGUUGGAAGCAGUGCAGCGCCGUAGCCAUUUGCGUUUCUCACCUCCAUACAAGUAGAUGUGUGUCUGCCAGGGAACACUACAAAAUGCUUGUGCUUGGGGGAGGAAGUGGCGGAAUAGCAAUGAGCGCAAGAAUGAAGAAAAAGAUGGGGAAAGAGAACGUGGCUGUUGUGGAGCCCAGCGAGAUGCACUACUAUCAGCCAAUAUGGACACUGGUUGGUGCUGGGGCAAAAAGUAUGGGGUCAUCUGGUCGUCCUACAUCCAGUGUUGUGCCGUCUGGAGUUAAGUGGGUUAAAUCUAAAGUUCAGGAGAUAAACCCAGACACAAACACUGUCCGCACAGAAAACGGAAUGGAGAUCUCUUAUGAAUACCUGAUUGUGGCUCUGGGUCUACAACUCCAUUAUGAGAAGAUCAAAGGUCUGCCAGAAGGAUUCGAAUGUCCAAAAAUUGGAUCGAAUUACUCAGUCCAAACUGUGGAGAAAACAUGGGCAGCGUUGCAAAACUUCACAGAGGGCAAUGCUGUGUUCUCGUUCCCAAACACUCCUGUGAAAUGUGCUGGAGCGCCACAAAAGAUAAUGUACCUCACAGAUGCUUUUCUCAGAAAGACAGGGAAAAGAGCAAAGGCCAAUAUAAUUUACAACACAUCACUACCAGUGCUGUUUGGGAUCAAGAAGUAUGCUGACUCGUUGUGGGAUAUAGUGAAGAGUCGUGACCUUCAGGUGAAUCUCAGGCACAACCUCAUUGAAGUUCGGGCCGAGAAGCAGGAAGCAGUGUUUGAAAAUCUUGAUAAUCCCGGGGAAACCAAAGUGUUCAAGUAUGAUAUGCUUCACGUCACACCACCAAUGGGAUCAAAUUUGGUGAUUAAAGACAGUCCAUUGGCUGAUGACGCUGGCUGGCUAGAUGUCAACAAAGAGACCCUUCAGCAUAACAAAUAUCCAAAUGUGUUUGGAAUUGGAGACUGCACCAACCUGCCUACAGCUAAAACAGCUGCUGCUGUAGCUGCACAGUCUGCUAUCUUAGACAGAACCAUCAGCAAAAUAUUGAAAAAUGACAAGCCAGAUAAAAAGUAUGAUGGCUACACAUCAUGCCCUUUGGUUACAAGCUAUAGUACAGUUGUGUUGGCUGAGUUUGAUUACAAUGGACAGCCACUGGAGACAUUCCCCAUUGACCAAAGCAAGGAAAGAAGAAUCAUGUACCACAUGAAGGCUGACCUGAUGCCUCACAUCUAUUGGCAUGGGCUUCUCAAGGGCCUAUGGGGUGGACCGGGACCAUACAGGAAACUCAUGCAUCUUGGAAUGAAGUAAAAAGCUAACAAAAAUGUUCAAAAUAGGAAUUAUGACCUUAAACACCAUCUUCUACUAGUUUCUUUUUUUUUUACAACUGGUUCCACGCAUUUCUGAAUACUGAGUUCACAUAUUAAAAACGAAUCUAUGUGGACUCAGCUGUGGAUAUUUUUUCAUUGCUUUGACACAAAAUUCCUUCAAUAACCACAUUUUUCAACAUUCUGCAAUUCUUUUCUGACUCAAAUUCAAUUGCCUGGAAAACUCUUACGUGUCUACUGCCCAUUUUGCUCAUGCUUACAAUGACAAUAUCGGCAAAAGAAUUUGACCCGUCACAGCUGAUUCCCAUUUUAGCUGAAGACAUACCCAGGUGUUUUGUUUCCAAUUUCAUUGCCAUCUAUACAUACGGGGACAUCUAUGGAAUAAUUCAUUUCAUAUUAACAUGGACCCAGCCAGAGAUGGAGAAGUGGCUGACAGAGGAUGAAGAAUGGCCAGCAGAGGGAGGGGAGUACAUACAGUGCACCCGGAAAGUAUUCACACCCCUUCACUUUC